AAAGCCGAGAAAAAAAAAGCAGAUAUUCCCUUAGAUUAGGGUUUCUCUCUCUAUAAAGGGAUCACUGUGUAACGAUAUACCCCUCUCUCUCACACACCUGUGAAACUCUUUCUCUCUCUUGGUUCGUAAAGUUCUCUGCCUUUGUAGGAAGAUGGAGCUGACGUUCAUCAUGAUCAAGCCUGAUGGUGUUCAGAGAGGCCUCGUUGGUGAGAUCAUUGCCAGGUUUGAGAAGAAAGGUUUCUCCCUUAAAGGCCUGAAGCUCUUAAGUGUUGAGCGUCCUUUUGCUGAGAAGCACUAUGAGGAUCUCUCUGCGAAACCCUUCUUUAAUGGGCUUGUUGAUUAUAUCAUUUCUGGCCCUGUGGUUGCCAUGGUUUGGGAGGGCAAGAGUGUGGUUUCGACUGGUAGGACGAUCAUUGGAGCCACAAACCCCUUGGCUUCGGCACCUGGAACCAUUCGUGGUGACUUUGCAAUUGAUAUUGGCAGGAAUGUGAUUCAUGGGAGUGACUCGGUGGAGAGCGCAAAGAAGGAGAUCGCUUUGUGGUUCCCUGAGGGAGUCGUUGCCUGGCAGAGCGCUGUUCAUGCCUGGAUCUAUGAGUAAACUUCAUAUUAAUUCUAGAUAUCUAAUUGCUACUGAAUGUUGCUUGCCCUGUUUUGAACAAUAAUUAUUGGCUUAGAAUAGAAGCCUUUGAUUAUGUGAGAUUAAGCAAAACAUCAUUAUUGGCAGAAGCCUUUUUGAGUAUGAGAGAUUUUCCAUGAAUAUUUUGAUUUAAUGUCACAUUUCUUCUACUA